UCUGCAGGCGGAGUGAGUGAGUGAUGCGGCGGAGAAAAUUUCCUCCUCAUUAAAGCCCUGAUCAGAGUUUUACACACUUACAGUUCAGGAAUUAAAUCUCCUCAUUGGGUCUGUGUGCGGAUUUACAAACUCCGUCCUGCUUUUAAAGCCCUGAGUGCUCAGUUGUAAUGAGUUCAGCAGGAGACACAUCGUUCUGCUUCUCCACACAGUCUCAGUCUGAUCACGCUCUCUCACAGGAAAGUGUGGAUGUGAAAAUUGAGACUUCUGAUGGAGGGAUGGAGAUCUGUGUGAAGAAAGAGGAGACUCCAAUCCUGGACAGCUGCAACCUUGGAGACAGACCUGAAGUUACCUCCAUUAAAGAGGAAGAAGCUGGCAAUGGGGACUGCCUUUACUGUGAACUUUGCAAAUCCUUCUUCUUUAAUAAGUGUGAGGUUCACGGUCCUGCGCUCUUCAUCCCUGAUACUCCCGUUCCCAUGGGGAUCGCAGACCGAGCCACACACACUCUUCCUCCUGGACUAGAGAUUGGGAAGUCUGGACUUCCUGACGCAGGUCUGGGAGUGUUUAAUAAGGGAGACACUGUUCCAGUAGGUGCACACUUUGGACCCUAUCAGGGAGAGCUGGUGGACCGAGAGGAAGCUCUGAGCAGUGGAUACUCCUGGGUGAUAUUCAGGCACAAGCAGUGUGAAGAAUACGUAGAUGCCAAAAGGGACAUGCAUUCUAACUGGAUGAGAUACGUGAAUUGUGCUCGUAAUGAAGAAGAGCAGAAUCUUGUGGCCUGCAUGUACCGAGGAGGGAUUCUGUACCGUACUUGUCGACCCAUCACCUCAGGACAAGAGCUCUUGGUGUGGUAUAAUGAGUAUGUCAAAGAUCUCGGGUGUACACGAGACUACCGCAGGAACAUCAAGUGCUCUGAGAACGAAGUAAACGGCAACACGUUGCAGGUCUUCUCCUGCUCUUUGUGUCCACUUUCCUGUAAUUCUCAAAUCGAACUCAGCAAACAUGUCCAGAGCGAUCACUAUGAUUUAUGUGAGAAGCAGCAGAAAUCAGAAGAGAAGAAAUAUGACAUUCAGGUGCUCAACAUCUCCAGUGACCAGCAAAUGUCAUUCGGCGUUAAGAAGGACGUGCAGACGGAUAUUCCUCAGUGCUCGACGUGUGGAAGUUGUUUUCCUGAUCAGAGUGUUCUCGAUGCACAUCAGUGCGCUAAGACGCCAGAGAAUCGGCCGUAUCGCUGCUCCCAGUGCGGGAAGGGUUUUAAUCACAAGUGUGUUCUUCGGAAACACCGGCGCAUUCACACUGGAGAGAAACCACACCGGUGCUCGCACUGCGGGAAGAGUUUUAUUCAGAAGUGCGACCUUCAACAGCACGAGCGCACACACACCGGGGAGAAGCCGUACCACUGCUCGCAAUGCGGCAAGAGCUUCUCUCAUCACAGUCAUCUACAGCUUCACCAGCGCAUUCACACCGGAGAGAAACCGUUUCAGUGCUCGGAGUGUGGAAAGAGUUUCACCCAAAAGAGCAAUCUCCAAGUCCAUCUACGCGUUCACACCGGAGAGAAACCUUACCACUGCACGCACUGCGGGAAGAACUUUACCCUCCAAAGUAAUCUCCAACUCCACCAGCGCAUUCACACCGGAGAGAAGCCGCAUCACUGCUCGCACUGCGGCAAGAGCUUUACGCAUCAGAGCACUUUCCAGAGACACCAGCGCAUUCACACCGGAGAGAAACCGUAUUUCUGUUCGCAAUGCGGGAAGUGUUUCAAUCACCAGAGUCAUCUCCAACGGCAUCAGCGCACUCACACCGGAGAGAAGCCGUACCACUGCUCGGAGUGUGGAAAGAGCUUCUCUCAGCAGAGUACUCUCCAUGUCCACCAGCGCACUCACACCGGAGAGAAACCCUACCACUGCUCCAGGAGUGAAAAUCUUGCUCUUUGAGGGCGAGGAGUCUUGUUCCUUUCACAUCUUUAGUGUAAAUUGUAAAUCAGCAUCUAAUGCAGGAUUAAUAUACGAAUCCAUCUGAUCUCUACAAACUGUGUGUGUUUUAGUGAGGGUCAGAGAAUGAAAAGUGGAACGUGCUCCAUAUUCACCUCUACGAUAUCCAACACGCCAGAUUCCACACACACACACACACACACGUGUAUAUAUAGAGAGAGAAAAAAAGGAAAAGCAUUAUAUGCACAAUACAAGAGAAAAAGAAAGAGGUUCUUAUUGUAUCGAACUGCACCCUGCAUCUUCUCCCAGACUCUGAACUUCAGGUUGGUCAGAUGUUUGGCUACAUGGAUCAGUGCUCCUGAAAGCUCCUCUGGAUGCUGCAGUGUGCACUGAGCUCUGCAGGAACAUCAGGAUUCAGCGCCGCUGUGGGUUUGGAGUCAGAAACACAGAGAACGAGAGAGAGGGGAAGCACAUCACUCACCUUUUCACUGUGGUCUUGUAGUUCUGUAAAACAACAAAGCACAUAUCAGAGGAUCCGACUGAUGUUUUUCCUGACCGAAAUGUGACGUUUCUGACGACGGAAACCGGUUUUACUUUCUCACGGUAGAAAUACAGAAUAAACGACACUCACCUGUAAGAACGAGACGUCUUCGGCUCCCAUCUCUUCUUUCACGGCUCCGAUCGUGUCUGAAAGAGAUGAUAUGUCUCUGCUCAGCUUCUCGAUCUUCUCCUUCAUCAUCAGACUCUUCUGCUCCUCUUCCUCUCUCAGUGCAGCUAUCCUGGCUGCUUCUUCAUCUCGUAGAACCUGGUAAAGCUUCUCAAACUCCUCCUUAAUCUAACCUUUAUAUGUUCUGCAGUUUUCAGCUUCUUCUGAAACAACACACGGCAUGGAGACUCUGUGUUCAUGUAUCGCUUUAUUUUACUCUGAUAAGCACUGAUUGAGUUUUUAAAAUGCACCAAGUUCCAUCAUGCCAUUUGGAAGUCUGCUUGGAGCUACUGCCUGGACGAUAGAACCCUGGAUGACUCCAUUCAGUGCAAGUCAUCAGAGUGAUGUAGUGACUAUAAAUGUAUUAAAUUAUAUAUAUAUAAUAUAUUAUAUAAAGUGUGUGUGUGUGUGUGUGUGUGUGUGUGUGUGUGUGUAGGAAGAUGUAUGAGACUUAUAGGAUGUGUGUUUAUUGAUGUACACUGCUUUAGUCUAAUGUGAAAGAUCUGCUCUGUUUACAGGUGCCUUUGUAUCUACACUAAAUCUAAAUAUGAUCCAAGAACACACUCACAUUCUGUAGUUAUUGUGUUAUUCAAAUGUAUAAUGAUUAUUAUGAACUAUUUAAUUAUUACACAACGUGUUUGUUUAUUGAACCUGUAGAUAUUGAUUUGUAGAAUAAACGUAAUUAUGGGAAAAAAAA